GAACGCCAGCGCCGCGCUAAAGCUGCCGCACUGGCCAGCACAUCCUCUAGAACCCCGGUCCCCGCCCGUACUUCCAACGUGCAUCAGCCUACCCCCCACCGUGCCACCGCCGGCUUUGGCAGCACCUCGCCGCGCUUCACGGUUGCCGGCGCCUACCCUCGCAGCCUCCGCCCCGGUACCUGCAUUACCGCCGCCGCCUAUCGCGUCGUGCCCGAGUCGACUCGACGCGGUCCCGGCACCUAUCCUUUGACUGGCAUGGAGACCAUGCAUUCGCGCCGCGUGCCCAUGAGCCUCAAUCGCCCAGGCCCUCGCUAUCAACCCGAGAACCAAUUUCAAAGCUCCGUCCCGGGCCCUGUCGAAUACGGCGAUGCAACCACCCGCAUGGAUGAGUAUUCGGCCUCGCUGCGCCACCCGGGCCGACGUGGCCUCUUGGAUGCCGUCCGCGACGAAGUCCA